AUGCAGACUCCAGAGGAUGAGCAGCAGGCCCCACAAAUGCUCCAGAAGUGGGCAGGGCGCAGCCUCCUGAAGGACAAGUCCAGGGCCAUCCUAGCUCUGGAGGACCUGCCCAUACAGCUCUUCCCACCACUCUUCAUGGAGGCCUUCAGCGGGGGACACACUGAGGUCCUGAAGAAAAUGGUGCAGGCCUGGCCCUUCACCUGCCUGCCCUUGGGGUCCCCGAUGAGGAAGACAGAGCUGGAUAUGAUCCGAGUGGCACUGGAUGGGCUGGAUAUGCUGGCUGCCCAGCAGGAUCGCCCCAGUGGGUGGAUGAGAGGAAGGGUCUUACAGCUGUGCUGUAAGAAGCUGCAGAUGUGCUCUUUGCCCAUUUAUAGCAUCAAGAGGAUCUUGGAGAGAUUGGAUCUGGACUUUAUCCAGCAAGCGGAUGAGGAGAAAGAUCAGUUGAUGGAUGAUAUUACCUCACAGUUUGCCAAGAUGGACAGCCUCCAGAGGCUGUACCUGGAUGGUUUCUUUCUCCUAGAUGGCCGUCUGUGCCAGGUGCUCAGAUUCAACAGGAUGAGCAUCAGGACCAUACCCACACUCCAGGACCUGGUGAUACAGAACAUACUGCGCAACAAGGCCUUGCCCAUCCCCAAUCUGGAGUACCUUCCCAGGGUGCCUACCCUGCAGUUGUACAAGGAGGCUAUAAUGGGGGGUCACAUGGAGAUGGUAAAGAAAAUGGUGCUGUCCUGCCCCUUGCCCUGUCUGCCUGUGGAGUACCUGCUGAAGACAAGAGAUGUGAAGGCCUUAAAAACCCUACUGAAUGGGCUAGACUUGCUGAUUUCCCAGAACAUUUACCCCAGGAGUCAGACCCCCUUGAAAACACUUUCGCUGAGAGGUUGUCCGCUCAAGGAGAAGGAUUUAAAGCAUCUGUCCAUGUGUCCGAGCACUGAUCAACUGAAGUAUCUGGAUCUCAGCUCUUUUUCCAUGAAAUAUAUGAGUCCUGAGCCCUUCCGGGUACUGCUGGAGAAGGUGGCACCCACCCUUGAGACCCUGGUUUUAGAGUUUUGUGAGAUAACAGAGUCCCUGCUAAAUGCCAUCUCACCAGCCCUGGGUCACUGUUCCCAGGUCAAAACCUUCAGUUUCUGUGGGAACCAAAUCCCCCUGAAUGCUCUUAAGAACCUGCUGAGCCACACCGGCUGCCUGCCGCUGGAACAAGCAAAGUACCCUGCCCCUCUGGAGAGCUUUGAUGAAAUCCUCUGGGGUUUCUGGACUGAGAUCAACCACAUGAAAUUUGACCAGGUUCGGAAGGAGUUGAUGCAGCUGGUGAAGGACAUCAGGCCUGUCCACGACAUCCAGAUUUAUACUUAUGAUUGUGUUCUUCACCUCAAACAUACGGAUUUUAUUGCCGGAAACCCAGUGGCAAUUCGGAAGACAGGGGAUUAUUGA